AAGAGUGUCGGAUCCCCUCCACCGAGGACAGUGUGGUAUCACAACCAAAACAUCAUCACUCACCAUCCACGAUUCACAAGGAAUAGAGAUGAUAGUUUACUAAUCAAAAGUAUUGACCAAGCUUUAAGUGGUAACUACACUUGUUUAGCCAAGAAUUUAUAUGGAUCGGAUUCUGUAGUGUAUGCAGUAAGAGUUCUACCUCUCCCUGAUCCACCUGCCUUAAGAACUACACCUUACAAAGAUUCCAUAGUUGUAGAAUGGGAUGAAAUCAAAUUACCAGGAAACGAUUCCUUAACAUACGGCAUAAGUUAUAAUUUAACAUGGCGAGAAGGUGACGGUCCGUGGCAGGAGGCUUGGCCAGUUGCGAGAGAAACCCGAUUACCAGGAAUACAACAACAUGCAUUGGCUGGACUAAAAUGUGGUACAAAGUAUUCAAUAAGAGUUACUGCGACUGAUAAUGUUGGUACAUCUGCCCCAGCCCAUGUCGAUGUUACUACUUUAGGAGGAGCACCGGUGUCACCACCCACAACCGAUUGGCUUUGGAGCAACGCCACACAUAUCUAUAUUCAGCUUAGUGGCUGGGAUGAUGGUGGUUGUGACGUCACCAAAUGGGAUGUAGAGUACAGAUUGCUUGGAUCCAAUUUAUGGCACAAAGCAGAAAAUAGAGCGCCUAUGGAACUUAGUAUAGGAUGGGGUUUCAUCGACAGUCACUAUCAGUCGCCACCUUUAAGAUCUCUACCUGCGUCUUAUGCAGUCGGUUCUUUGGCACCUGGGAAUUGGUACGAACUUAAAGUGACUGCAGUCAAUGACGCCGGAACAGCAUCGACCGUUUACACUUAUGCUACUAAAACUAUUGAUGGAGAGGAAAUUGGUCCACCUUCAGAAGUACUGGAUCUGAAUAUGCUUGUGAUUAUUUGCAGUUCUAUUCUGUUAGUGGUAUGCCUUUUCGCGUUCAUCUGUAUACUAUUUAGGAGACAUCGGCAAAAUUAUGCAUCACAAUAUCGACACUCGAUAGCUGAUGAAGUGAAGUCCAGAAAUGAGGCGAUUGCAUCGCACGUGGAACACAAAGAGAGAUAUGCUCAUACACCCAGAAUUUACACGUCCCCAAUACAUCCGAGGAAACCUACAAAGAAUGAAAUGUUCGAGAUCAGUCCUUACGCAGAAUUUGCGCUUGGCUUCCGAACAUUUGAUCACGUUGAGAAUCAAGAUUUGCCGAGUCGGUUACCUGGGAGACCAAGAUUUGACACGGAGACGAGUUUCCAGAAUCGUUCCGAGUCUGAUGAUAGCGACAGUACUUCAAAGGCUACGGUUACAGCAGUACCUAGACGACAUUGUCGCACGCCGCAUCACAGAUAACAAGAAAUGAAAACAUUGUAAAAUACUAUUGAAAGUUUAAUUUUAUAGUGAAAAGUUUUGAAACAAUCAUAUCAUAACCAGAUACGUUGCCAAAUAAGUUAGGGUAGAGUUAGGUUCAAGAACAUUAACCUUUUUUGCAUUCGAUUUAAGAGCGAUUUUGGAUUAAACAUAAUGCUUUUAUAUUAUCUUUGUUCAAAGACUGAAGUUUACGUACAUGUGUGUUUAGGACAGGUGCUCAUUUGCGUUUUGACCGUGCGGUGAAAUAACGCAAGUGUGUAUCUUGCCUUUAUUUUAUCUGCCGUGUUCAUUAUUGAACUGCCAAUCAUUUUUAAAGCAAUUUAUUCUUUAUCAAAACAACGUUUUUGACUAUUGUCUACGUGUAUGAGUAAAAUGAAGUGAGAUUAAAGGUCGUUUAGAUAGAAAUAAACGUCUUAAGGCUCUCUGUAUACAUUCCAUUACGCGCCAAUUUGUCUUGACCUUACUAUAACAUAGAUGUAAGAUUACUUGGAUGUACCAUAUUUUUAAUUAUAAAUGCUUCACUGGUUUUGUUACUGAAUUUAUUCAUUUACCGAUCUGUA